UCUCUUGGGAUUUAUUUGCAAAAAGACAAAGCUAAAGAAAUAAGUGGGGAGAAGCAAGAUUAGGGGGAGAGAAAAAAAAAAGGAAAUAUAUUUUGAGGUUUGCAAAUGUCUUUAACAGUAAUAUCUUCAGUUUAUGAAGUUUGCAGUGAUGCAGCUGGUAUUGCAGGUAACAUCUUUGCUUUUGGGCUGUUCUUGUCACCUAUAUCAACAUUUAGGAGAAUAAUCAGAAAUGGAUCAACAGAACAAUUUUCAGGGAUGCCAUACAUAUAUGCUCUUUUGAACUGUUUGAUUUGCCUUUGGUAUGGGUUCCCCAUUAUAUCUCCUGGUAUUAUCUUGGUGACAACUGUCAAUUCCAUUGGAGCUGUUUUUCAAUUGAUUUACAUCAUCAUUUUCAUUGCAUAUGCUGAAAAGCCAAUGAAGCUGAAGAUGUUGGGGUUCUUGGUAUCGGUUUUCGCGGUGUUUGCUUCGAUAGUUUUCGUGAGCCUCCAGUUCUUGAACUCAUCGUCACGGCAACUUUUCGUCGGAUAUUUAAGCGUCGCGUCUUUGAUUUCUAUGUUUGCUUCUCCCCUGCUCAUAAUCAAUUUGGUGAUCAAAAUGAGAAGCGUUGAGUACAUGCCGUUUUCACUCUCCCUGGCAACAUUCUUGAUGAGUUUAGCUUUCUUUGUAUAUGGAUUGCUCAAGCACGAUCCAUUCAUCUAUGCUCCCAAUGGGAUUGGAACAGUACUGGGGACAGUCCAAUUGGCCUUGUAUGCCUAUUUCAAAAGAGCUUCACAAGGGGAAUUGAGGCAUCCAUUGAUUGUUCCUUGAAAGAGAGUUGAGCUUCGUGCAUGAACUAGUUGGCAUACAAGGUUUGUGACUGCUUCUCCUAACAAUGUUGUCUUCAAGAUUCGAAUCUGAGUACUCUCUUUGAGAGUGCAAUAUUGUGCACUACCAUUACACUGAACUACUUGUUGGCAAUUCACAUUUAUUAUUAAUACGUAUGUACCUAUAUAUAGGGAUCAUAAUGCAGAAGCUAAUUCUUGUUGUAAUUUAAAUGAAUGUAUAUCCAUUAGAUUUUAGAUAUGUAAUAUCAUUGGUAUCAUCAUCAUACUGCUUUGAGAGGAAACUGUAGGACUUGGAGAAAGAAAUAAUUGAAGGAAGAAAUUACCUGAAUAAUACGAAUCCUUUUCGAGCUGAUAAAGCUUCAAUAACAGGAUGAAGCUCUUUCUUUCCAAUAGAGGAAAUUGAUUGAGUCUUGGACAAUAAUUUUGUAAAUUAAAUUCAGUAAUUUUAUAUUUAGGAAACUACAUUCAUCAUGAUUUUUGUUUA